AUGUAUGGACCUGCCCUGCCUUGCCCUGCCUACCUUAUCUUCCUUUCCACCCAGGAAACCUUCCACACAUGCGACGCCCAGCCGGUUCGCAAUCCCGAUGGCAUGUCUUCGAUUUUGACAAGCCCCUCCACCUUUAAAGAAGAAACGAAGGCAUUAUCAUCGUUGCGUGCAGCUGUCAUACAGUUCAACGCCGGCCGACCAGCUUCUGCCCACGCCAGCACGGGCGAGGACCGCGUCCCGCCCGCGGGAAGGGCACUGAUGGCCGAUGGUAAGAGAGAGCACACAGCCAGCCGAGGAGAACAGACUCGGCAUGCCACCCACCGUCCCGUCGUCCUGAUAUCCGUACUGUAA